CGCCGCCGCCGUCGCUGUCGUAGCCGCCGCCGCCGCCGCUGGAGAAGGAGCAAGAGUGGGGAAGACCAAGAGUGAAAUCCACCAUCCCGCCGGCUGGUUUGCCAGCCCCUCCUUCCUUCUCCCCCGACCCCCGCCCCCUCCCCCCACAGGUGCCAUCCGCCGCCAUCCGCCCUCUCUACCCCCCCAUCCCCAGGUGAGGGGGGUGAGUUCAGGAAGCGGAGACCCCGAGGAACCCAGCAGGGUCACCAUUUGCAGCGCAACAUGGCAGGUCCAAAGAGUGCAAGGCCUCUAAUACAGCGAGUUGCGUGAAAAAUGAGCUGGAGGAGGGAAUGAUAUUCAGUGGUGUUUUUCUCAGGUGAAAGGAGCAGUAGAUGAUGAUGUAGCAGAAGUUUCUUCAUCUGUUAAAUGGAUAUAUUAAUACCACCAGCUUCAUAGAUUUGUUAUGAAGAUUAAAUCCCUAACAUACUGAGGGUAUUGUUCCAUUCCAUUUUAUCCAAACAUGAUAUCAGAUUAUCCAGGAACAAGUAAAAAAGAAGGGAGGCUGGUUCCAGAACACAUCUCUGGAAAUCACCUUAUGGACCCUGACUCUCAUGGCAACAUUACAAUCAGAUAUAAUUUCUACAGUAGAAUUUAAUCAUUCUGGAGAAUUACUAGCAACCGGAGAUAAAGGUGGUAGAGUCGUCAUCUUUCAACAGGAGCAGGAGAACAAAAUCCAGUCUCAUAGCAGAGGAGAAUAUAAUGUUUACAGCACCUUUCAGAGCCAUGAACCAGAGUUUGACUACUUGAAAAGUUUAGAAAUAGAAGAAAAGAUCAACAAAAUUAGGUGGUUACCCCAGAAAAAUGCUGCUCAGUUUUUAUUGUCUACCAAUGAUAAAACAAUAAAAUUAUGGAAAAUCAGUGAAAGGGACAAAAGACCAGAAGGGUAUAACUUGAAAGAGGAAGAUGGAAGGUAUAGAGAUCCUACUACAGUCACUACACUACGUGUGCCGGUCUUUAGGCCCAUGGAUCUAAUGGUUGAGGCCAGUCCACGACGAAUAUUUGCCAAUGCUCAUACAUAUCACAUCAACUCAAUUUCUAUUAAUAGUGAUUACGAAACGUAUUUAUCUGCAGAUGAUUUGCGGAUUAAUCUUUGGCACCUGGAAAUUACAGACAGGAGUUUUAAUAUUGUGGAUAUCAAGCCUGCCAAUAUGGAGGAGCUGACAGAGGUGAUUACAGCAGCAGAAUUCCAUCCAAACAGUUGUAACACAUUUGUAUACAGCAGCAGUAAAGGAACUAUUCGGUUAUGUGACAUGAGGGCAUCCGCCCUCUGUGAUAGGCAUUCUAAACUGUUUGAAGAACCUGAAGAUCCGAGUAACAGGUCUUUUUUUUCUGAAAUCAUCUCUUCAAUUUCUGAUGUAAAAUUCAGCCAUAGUGGUCGAUAUAUGAUGACUAGAGACUAUUUGUCAGUCAAAAUUUGGGACUUAAAUAUGGAAAACAGGCCUGUGGAAACAUACCAGGUGCAUGAAUACCUCAGAAGUAAACUUUGUUCACUAUAUGAAAAUGACUGCAUAUUUGACAAAUUUGAAUGUUGUUGGAAUGGAUCUGACAGUGUUGUCAUGACUGGAUCUUACAAUAAUUUCUUCAGAAUGUUUGACCGGAACACAAAGCGAGACAUAACCCUAGAAGCAUCACGGGAAAACAAUAAACCGCGCACAGUUCUGAAGCCACGCAAAGUGUGUGCAAGUGGCAAGCGAAAGAAAGAUGAAAUAAGCGUUGACAGCCUAGACUUCAACAAGAAAAUACUUCAUACAGCCUGGCACCCCAAGGAAAAUAUCAUUGCUGUAGCUACUACAAACAAUCUGUAUAUAUUUCAAGACAAAGUGAAUUAGGGUUGGCAUUCCUAGCAGAAGAGCCCACUUCCUGCUUAGUUGAGAUAGUUGAAUCUAGCAUUCAUACUUAAAAAAGAGAGGUCCAUUGUGGCGCCCCUUUUCCAGUGUUUGACAAUGUGCCAUUCGACAACACAUUUUUAAUAGCUACAUGGAGAAAGCUCUGUGGAUUCCUCACUGUGGUGUUCUCCAUGUCUGCUAGCCAUUUAGGUAAGGGUAGGGCACUUUUAAUUUAAAUGACUUCUUGCACCAUCUUGCCUAAUGGACUAGAUUGGACUGUAUCAACAUUGAUUUACUCCACUUUUUAUGCCUUCCAUUGUGAUGACGUCAAACACAAGUGAAAGCCUUCAGUCAUGCUUAUGGGAUUUAAUUGUGUAUCCUCAUUACUGUAUCAUUUGUGGGGUACACCCCUCCCCCCUUUUUUAAAUUAAAUACAGCUCAUUCUUACUGUGGCUUGUAGCAUUCCUCCUCUUCUGGCCUCCUGGACUCUUCCCCUUCAUCUCUCUUACCCUUGCCCCUCCACCCAGUCUUGGUGGUGGUAUAAAAAAGGAAAGAACGAAAGCACACAAAACGAGUCAGUUUGGGGUCAGUGGUAAAGGGGGUAUAUGUUGCGAACAAAUGUUUUAAUAACAGUUGGCUGUAAUCACUCCUUGCCAUGUCUGGCACUGAAAAUAAGGAAAAAAAAAAACUACUACUGAAUAAACGUGACAAAGAAUGGAGAA